UACACCCGUAUUAUAACAAUGCACUUAUAUGCCCAUAAUCCGUUUCAUAAUGAUACCCAUUACGAUACAGAUUUUUCAUUACGAUACAGAUUUUUAAUCAAUAGAAACCCAUAAUUUUUCAAUCAAGCAUGCUGUGCAUUUGACGUUUAUCCUAGGUUCCUAUGUAAUUAUUUUAGAUGUCAAAAUCAGUACGUAUUAAAUUUUCGUAGAUACCUAGCUAAACUUCGAUAAUUUAUCAAAAUGUCUGAUAUCAGCGAUAUAGAAUUACCAUCGACUCCUCCACACAUAUCGGAGAAAGCAGAAAAUGCAGUUCAAAAUAUUUUACCCCAAAAAUCUAAGAAAGUGUACGAAAAACUUUAUCAACGGUUUAUGGACUGGAGAAAUACAAAUAAUAUUUCGACAUUCUCCGAAAAUGUUUUAAUUGCUUAUUUUCAAGAAUUGAUGGAAACUAUGAAAUCAUCUAGUACAUGGACACAUUAUUCAAUAAUAAAAACGUUGGUAAAUAUAAACCAUAAUAUAAACAUUUCUAAAUAUAAGAAACUACAAGCUUUAUUAAAGCGAAAGUCCGAAGGAUAUGUUGGAAAAAAAGCAAAAAUAUAUUCACCUGAACAAAUAAAAACGUUUAUCGACGAAGCACCCGAUGAACGGUUUUUAUUUUUAAAAGUAGCAAUGAUUUUUGGAAUAAUGGGAGCAUGUCGAAGGCAUGAACUACAUGACCUAAAAUGUGAAAAUGUCAAAGAUAUGAAUGGAAUCUUAAUUAUUAAUGUGAUAGAAACUAAAACAAAAGUACAACGAACAUUUACAAUUACCGGCAAAUACUACGAAAUUAGUAAAAAAUAUCUGAAUCUACGGCCUAAAAUUUGCCCCACCCCAUCUUUUUUCGUUAAUUAAGUAUUUAAAUGGAAAAUGCACAAUUCAAAACAUUGGUAUUAAUAAAUUUGGUGAUAUAGGGAAGAAAAUAGCAACAUAUUUAAAUCUGCCUGAUCCGAAUUUAUAUACAGGGCAUUGUUUUCGUAGGACAUCUGCAACCGUAUUAGUAGAUGCCGGUGGUGAUAUUACUACAUUAAAACGCCAUGGUGGCUGGAAAUCCAAUUCAGUGGCAGAAGGCUACAUUGAAAAUUCGGUUCAGAAUAAAAUCAGCAUUUCCAAUACAAUAUUGAACUCUAUUGAGACUAGCAAUAAUGAAAUAAAUGUAAAUAUUCCUUCCACUUCCAGAUCAGUGGGACCUGGAAUAAACUUUUCAAACUGCACAAUAAAUAAUCUUAAUAUUUUAAAAAAAUCGGAUUAAUUACAAUUAUUAUAUGUUGAAUAUAAAUACAAAUAAAAUGUUUAUAGUUUUCUUGUAUCUAUGGCAAUACCAAUACCCGAGGUAUUAAUUACAAUUUUGUAGAUUUUUUUAUAGAAAUACGAAUAAUUACUGUUACCUAUUGUGUUCAAUAAAAAUAUAAAAUUUAUGGUUUUUGAUUAUUUAUCGGGUGUAGAAAAAAUAGCGUAUGCAACUCUCAUGUAAUGGUUAUU